AACACCCAUUGAGUGAAAUUUUAAGUCAAAUUUUCAUUUAUUUUGUCAAUAAAUCGUUUAAAUAAAAAAAUGUUGAAAAGUGUUACUUUUCGAAACAAGUGCUGAAAAGUUCAACUUUUCAGCACCCAUUUCAGUGCUGAAAAGUAGAUCUUUUCAGCAUUUAUUUUGAAAAGUGUUGCUAUUCGAUUCUGUUAUUUUUGGUACAGAAAAGUAGGCUAUUUCGUCGUUCAAGAAUGACAGGAAAAGUAAGUAGUUUCACGACGGAAUUGCAAAAAGUUUUUUUAAACUACUUCUUUAUAUUCCUGUAAUUAGUACGCAGGCAAUUUUUAUUGUAUGCAUUCAAGCCAGCUUUUGCAAUAAAUUUCCGAUAUAAAGUUCUAAAUUAUUCAGCCUAAUUGAAAUGCAUGUACAGUACAUGCAGCAAUGAACCAUUCGUGAUUGUAGGGAUACUAAAAUAUUCUUUUUGAAAGUUUGCCAUCGGAUUGCUACUAUAAUUAUACGGUUGACGAGCGAAAAGCAAACAGUUACAAUCAAUCCUUUGACUUGCUAAUUACUACAUUUGCACAUCAUAAUGGGGAAGAACAUCCGCCUGGAGACUCAGAAGGAAUUUGAAAAGAUCACUGGCUGGCAGCUUUGGGUCUUGAGACUCAUGGGUUGCGGUGCAUACGAACCAAACUUUCGAAUUUCUUUCGCAACACUUGUGAUACUCUUUUUGGCCGGUGCUUUUGUCGUGAUAACUAUUUUUGAUUUGUUCUUGUUUCAAAAUGAUGUGUUUAAUUUCACCUUUGCCCUCGUUACACUGUCGUACGCUGUGAUCGGAUGUACCCGGCUUGGGUUCAUCAUAUUUCAUCCUAACCCAUAUGGGGCGGCAUUUCAAGAAGCUAAGCAGACUUAUUUGCUAGCCUCAUCGGACGAACGGGAUCAGCAGGUGCUCCAACAUUACACCAAGCUACUGAAGCAGUGCAUUUCCAUGUACAGCAUCACGUUUUUGGGUGGAUGCGUCGGAACAGCAUUCUUACCGCUGAUUGUGUAUCUCUGGAAUGGAGAAAAGAUUCUUCCCUUUGGAGUUGUGAUGCCGUUUACUGAUUUGGAAACAUCUUUGGGCUACCAGCUGAACUACAUGUACCAAGUAAGCUGCAUUUUGUGGACGCCACCAGGAUUAACGGCAUCGCAGAACAUUUACAUCACAUUGGUGUUUAACAUUUGCAUACAGUACGACCUAAUUUUCAUAAAACUUGAUGAGUUAGAUCAGUUGGCGAUUCGUAAUACCGAUGGUACGCUGGACACGGAGGUUGAACAAAAGUUCAUCGAAAUUAUCAAAUAUCAACAACGACUGAACCAAUUUGUAGCGGAAGUUGAAAACCGAUUCACGGUUCAGAUAUUUGUGGAAAUUAGUUGCAAUGCGCUCCAAAUUGUUGUUACAUUAUUUGUUAUGGAAAUUGAUACAUGGAUUCCAGGAUAUCUGGUUAUAACUGUAGCAACAUUUCAAUCAUUUUUGUACUGCAUCCUGGGAACCUUAAUCGACAUGAAAACUGAACUUUUCACAGAGAAAAUUUACAACGUAGCUUGGCAUAGAAUGCGUACAUCAGAACAGAACAACAUCAAGUACAUGCUAUCGAAAUCGCAACAAUCUGUUUUGCUAACGUACGGAGGCAUGUUGCCGAUGAAUAUGAACCUGUUUUUGGCGUUGAUCGAUAUCUAA